AUGUGGAGCUACAUGUUUGGAGGCAACAAGCAGCAAAAGAAAGAAUUGCCGAAAAAGGCCAUCGUUGAGUUGAGGGAGCAUAUCCAGAUGCUCAACAAGAAGCGUAGCCAUCUAGAGUCGCAAAUCGAUGAUCAAGAUAAGCUUGCAAGAAAACAUAUUUCCACGAAUAAAGCUUUGGCAAAGAAUGCGUUGAAAAGAAAAAAGGGGUAUGAGGCGAACUUGAUGAAGAUUGAGAACCAAAUUGACUCACUUGAGACACAGUUGACCGCGAUAGAGAGCGCCAACCUCAACUUGGAGACCAUGAAGGCGAUGAAACAAGGCGCCCUGGCCAUGAAGCAGAUUCAUGGUGAGUACGAUGUUGACAAGGUGGAGAACACUAUGGAUGAUAUCCGUGAGCAAGUGGAGUUGGCAGACGAGAUAUCCGAGGCAAUCUCGCGGCCAGUGGGUGGUGAGUAUGUGGACGAGGAUGAGUUAGACGAGGAAUUGGCGGCUUUACAAGAGGAGGAGAAGGAAAGCAAGCAGAAGAAUACCGCAGCACAGGCACCAGCGCAAAAGGCCCCUGCGUUUGAGGAGCCCGAGCUUCCUAAUUUCCCUACGGUAAAUAAGGAUAAGCCGCAGGAGGAAGACGAGGAUGAGGAGGCAUUGAAGGCAUUGCAAGCAGAGAUGGGGUUGUGA